CCACUGUGUCCUUCUGAGCAGAGUUAGUUGGUAUUCCGCACUCAUUCCGAUAUCAUCAAUCAGGCUGUCGUCAACGUGAUCCUACGUGACCACCUCGAAGAGGAACAACAUGGAUUUCCCCCGUAGUUUGACAAUUUCGAUUUUUCUUGUCUUGCUGCUUAACGCUGAUAGAAUCGUAUCGGUCGCCGAAGGCAUCAGCAUUUUCUCAUUUAUUCACGAUCUAAUUCAGUAUAACGUAGCGGGGAUACCGCUCAUCCACGAGCAAACACAAUGGCACUUUGAUCCAGAAGAUGGGAAACAGAGAAGAAUCAGAUACGAGAAGGAAAAUGGUCGUCAUGGAGAGAUCGCAAUAGCAAAGAUCGGUAUGGGAGUCGGAAUCCAGGAGCCAUUAAUAAGAUCUGCGUAAAAACUAAUAGGAAAUCGCUAAUCUGCAAAAAGAAAUAUAUCAAAAAUGAAUGAAAACUAUCUUAUAAGUAAAAUUGAUUACGCUAAUUGUAGUAAAAAAUCAAGUGUAUUUUAGUAAAACAAAAAUAAACAUUUUUCUUUCGAGUA